CACACACACGUGUGCAGAUCCGGGCCAGGGGAGAACCAAGGGCGUUUUGUCCCAAACAGAAAGCGACCAACCUCACCGGCUGAAGUUUUAAAUAGGCCCCGCCUCCUUCCUCCACCCCUGCACCGGCCCACCCGCCUCCUGCGUGUUUCCAAACCAGGACCCUGCCCCCGCUAGGCCCUCGCUCCCCGGCCUCUGCUCCAGGCUCUUCCACAGUCGAGAGCUUCAAGGUCUCCUGCCCGAGCACCUCCCCGCCCAGAGCACAGACAACAGGGGGACUAUUAGCUCCAUUUUACAGAUGAGGAAACUGAGGCUCAGCACGGCCGCAGGGCUCCAUCACCUGCUCAAGGUCCCCAGGGCUGGUCGACCCCCCCAGCCCAGGCUCUUGGCUACGACUGGACAGCUGCCUUCGGCCAGGGCCCACCGCUCUUCGAGAAGCAAAGUACACAGGCGGUUCAAAAGACUCAGUCCAAGAACGGAGGAGGGCGCGAGAUCGGAGGGCUCGGCUCCGGGACGCGAAGGGGACGACACGCGGGGUGGGCAGGCUUCUCGUUCGCCCCGCCUCCGUUCGGAGGCCGCUCUGCCCACCAUUUCCCAUCCAGGCGGCUCCAGUCGGCCCGCCAACGCGGAGCCACGCCCCCACCUGCUUCCGCCUCGGCGCGGUGCUUUCUGGCCCCAGCGGCCUCCGUAGCCCCGCCCACCGGGGAAACGGCCCUGGAGCGCCGACACCGCCUUCCCGCGCCGGCAUGAAGCCCCCGCAGCGGCGGCGGGCAGCCCCGGCGCGCUAUCUUGGCGAGGUGACCGGCCCCGCGGCCUGGAGCGCCCGUGAGAAGCGGCAGCUGCUACGACUGCUGCAAGCGCGGCGGGGCCAGCCGGAGCCCGACGCCGCCGAGCUGGCGCGGGAGCUGCCGGGCCGCAGCGAGGCCGAGAUCCGGGACUUCCUGCGGCAGCUCAAGGGUCGCGUGGCCCGGGAGGCCAUUCAGAGGGUGCACCCAGGUGGCCUCCAGGGCCCAAGGCACCGGCAAACACAGACUCCGGCCCCCAUCGAGGUGCUCACCAUCGCGGCCACGGAGCCCAUCAGCCUCCUGCACUCCAGGCCCCCCAAACCCACGCAGGCCCGCGGAAAGCUGCUGCUGGUCAGCGCCCCCGGAGGGCAGGAGGCCCUGGGCCCUGAGGCCCCUGGCCCCGCCCCUAAGACACAUGGCUCCACCCCUGAGGCUCCUGGCCCCGCCCCUGAGGCCUCUGGCCCCGCUCCUAAGACUGUUGGCCCAGCCUCUGAGGCGUCUUCGGAAUCCCUGGCCGGCCCCUCUACUGAGGAAGAUUUUGCCGUGGACUUUGAGAAGAUCUACAAGUACCUGUCGUCCAUCUCCCGCAGCUGCCAUGGCCCUGAGCUUUCUGCAGCUGAGUCCGCUGUGGUCCUCGACCUGCUCAUGGCCCUGCCCGAGGAGCUGCCUCGCCUGCCCUGCGCUGCCCUGGUUGAACAUCUGGCGGAGACGUACCUACGCCUGACGGCCCCCCAGCCCGACCCCGCCAGUGGGGGCCUGGGGCCCGCAGCCGAGGAUGGCGGGACAGGCUCCGGGGGGGAAGAGGAGGCCGGCCAGGCCGUGCCCCAGGCUCCUGAGAAUGCCGGGCCCAGCGAGCCGAGAUCCACUUGGCAAGCAGCUGGGGUCUGUCCCCUGAACCCGUUCCUGGUGCCCCUGGAGCUUCUGGGCCAGGCGGCCACCCCUGCAAGGUGAGGGCCCGGCAGGCAGAGGACACAGCAGACAUCUGUGAGGCCCCUGGCCUCAGGCCUGCUCGGGCUGGCACGGGCUUGUCAGGAUCCGGUCACGGGGGAAGAUCCCUGGCACGAUGCAGCACAGAACGGAGUGGCCUUGGAGAUGCUCGAUACUGCGGGGGUCUCAGAAGGCGAAGCGCAGUGGUACAGGGGUUCGCCCACGAACUCAGUGGGCUGAGGGAGGGGGCGCAUGGGGGGGGGGGGCAGGCAGCUGGGUUAAAACCACUGUCAAA